AUGGAUCAUCAGGCAACCGGAGAGAAUUACCAAGUUGGUGAUGAGGACAGCAUCGAGUGGUGGCAAGACAUUGAUCAAGGUAGCAGAGAGACUUACCAAAUCAAUGAUGAGGGCGGCAGUGGGAGGUGCCAAGUCAACCUGGACAGAGGUAGUGUUGACCAGGGUUCAAUCAUCUUUGCUGGGGAGAAGGAGAUCCAAUUGCUGCGGUUGCCCUUCCCCAGAAAGCUAUGGAUGCUGGUGCAGAGCGAAGCCAUCCAGUCAGUGCGCUGGAACCGUGACGGAACCUUGGUCAUCAUCGAAGAGAAGCUCUUCCAGCAGGAAGUCCUGGACCGUCAGUGUAAAGAGCGAAUCUUUCAGACCAAAACCAUGCAGGCCUUCUUUAGGCAGCUCCGCCUGUACGGGUUCUUCAGGAUGCGCAGGUCCAUCGCCGGAGGCAGGAGGUUGAUGAUCUAUUGGAACCCCAACUUCAAGAGGGGCGAGCCUUUGCUGCUGAACAACAUCCAGAGAAAACAGUGGUGUAGGAGGCAGAAGCCUAGUACAGUGCCGGCCCCCACCAAGGCCCCACUGGACAUGAAGAAGAUGGCUGUGCCAACUAGACAUUCCCUGAGCAUCGUGCCAAAGGGAGGGGCCACCCCAGCAGAUCCCAUGCAGGCCCCCAGUGGCUUGGUUCCCAACUCCCCUCAAGCCUCUACAUUGUCUAGUGUCUGGUCCUUGAACAGAGAGCCUGGGAGCCCGGGGACCCAACCUGAUCCCACCGAGCUCCCCAUGCCCACCGGGGAGGGUACCUCCAGCACCUUUGGGCCCCUACCCAGAUCAGAGCCUAUAGGGGCAGCAGAGCCGUGUAUUGAGACGCUGGUGUACCCCGACUACGAGUCGUUCAUGACCAUGUACACCACCUGCUACUCAAUCCCCCUGGAGGCCCUGACCACCUUGGCCUCUCAUAACCCCCCGGGCCCACUGUAG